AGACUAUGAGUCGAUUUGGAUUCUAUUGCGUUUUUCUCUUUUUGUUGAUUAAAAGCCCGAGUUUGAUCCUCUUCCUCUGCUUUGCCAUUUUUGUUUACGUCCACCACCGAACACGAUAAAAGAAGGCUUUUUUUUAAUCUCUGCUUUCAAUUGAGGAGCAGCUAUCAGUGCAGAGUGUGUAUUCGUGUGUUGUGGUGUCACGGCCACCUAGUCCUUGCCAAGCUGAGCUGGGCCCUACACGUCGUCACGUCACUGUGAUGACUUGUUCUGUUCCCGUUACAUUCUGAGAUGUUACCGUAAUCGAGCAGCAUGGAUAAAAACAACACAUCCGAUAAGAGAAGCGUUUUAAAUGCACGCGACCAAGACAUCCACAACAGUCAGAAGACGGACACCGCAAGAACUACUGACUUAGCUAUUCAUCCAAAUGGGUCUGUCAUUGUCAGCAUGGCUGCACAGCAGAAGAGUGGAUCAUUCUCCUUCCUCCUUGUCCGCUUUCCGUUCUAUGAGCGCCCCGACCUCGUCACGCCUAGAGGUCAUUUUAAACUUCCCUCCCGUUGCUCCUGGAGACAGUCGCUCACGAUGGAGCUCCGUGCACUGUUCUCCUCACAUCAGUCUGUCUAUCAGCAAGGAGGAAGCGAGGCGUUCCCCAGUGGAACGCAGCAGCGAUGGGGUGAGGGCAGAAACAGGUGUGAUGGGCGGACUUCACGUGUGGGAGGUGGUGUGGGACCCAAAGCACAGAGGAAGUCAUGCUGUUUUAGGCCUCUCCAGGCAGUGCUGCCCGCUGCAAGUCUCAGGAUACAAUGUGCUGGUGGGGGGAGACUUCCAAUCUUGGGGUUGGGAGCUCCAAACCAAUCAGCUCUGGCAUGGUGGACAAAUUCGAGGAGCCUUUCCGAAAAAGAGCAGGUGUUGCACUAAAGUAGCGACAUCUCACCAACAUAUCCUGUCAGCCACAGAGACACCGCUUCUCAUCCCUGAGCGCAUUCUCAUGGUCUUGGAUGCAGACGCAGGGACUCUCGGUUUUCUGGUCGACAGCUACUUCCUUGGCGUUGCGUUCAAAGACCUGCCCCCAGGUGUGGAGCUGUUCCCAGCAGUGAGCAGUGUGAGAGGAGGAGCCUGUAUACGACUUCGAUACCUGAACGGCGCCACCCGUGAUCCUCCAGCCCUGAUUGCGUUAUGUGGACUCUCCAUUGGCUCUCAUUUAGGCCCAGAGAGACACAAUCAAAUGGACAAACUGCCUCUUCCACCUGCUCUGCAACGUUACCUUCUUUCUGAUCAUUAAUAGCCACAUUAUAAAUGUUUUAUAACAGAAGCCUCGUUUUUAAAAUUUGCAUUAUGACGACAUAGGGACAGAAUUCUAUUUAUUACAGAUCAUAUUUAGGUAACAAAGUAUAUGUAUGCAGACUAUUGUUGUCUAUGGUGAAAUUAUGUUUGUGUACAAAAUAAAUGAAUGUAUUGUAUGUCCCAUGACUACACUUUCUACUUAGAACAGUUGAUAAAAACUUGCAAGACAUCAUCUCUCAGAAGACAUCUUGUGAGCUUUUGUAAUUACACAAAAGAGUUGAUUCCAAUCACCACUAGUAUUUAUGUAUAAUUUGGAAUUGGUGUGGGUUUUUUUUAACUUUAUUUAGACAAAACUACAGAUAAUUUUCAUUUUUUUUGAGAUAAAUAUUAUUUACGUAUUUUUAUAUAUUUUUUUUACUUACUAUGGUAUAUUAUUUAUUUUUUAUUUAUUCACUGUUCUGUUACAGAGAACAAGGACAUGGGAUAAAAUUGCUAUUGUAUGAAAAGGGGUAGGAUUAAAUAAGCUCAGCUUCUUCCUACUCCUUUUCGGACGUGCUGUAAUGGAACAACUGGAAAUAUGUGAUGCAUUACAUUGUAUUGUAUGAAUGUUCGAAAUAAACUGAAAA